AUGGCGUCCUCUACUCCUAGCCACCCGGCACCUCCAUCAUUAUCCCUGCCACCAUCCCAAUUCGCCCGCCUCCAACCUCACGCCUACCUUCUCGCCCACCUCUCCCCACCAGCAGCAAGCAACCAACCCUCGCUCCGUGCCAACGGUCGUGCAGCCUCGCAAUUUCGUGUCACAUCCGCCAAUGCAGGCUCCUUAACUCACACAAAUGGUAGCGCAGUCGUACGAAUCGGCGACACUGCCGCCGUCUGCGGUGUUCGCGCGGAAAUUCUUAACACAGACGAUAUCGCUUCAUGGAGCGUAUCGCAGGCCUCGUCAGAGCAAAAUACCGACAAGAAACCCGAAGAAGGAGACACAGACUCGCAAGAUAGGGAAGACCGAGCCCACAUCCAAAACUUGAACCUGCUGGUUCCCAAUCUUUCUCUCAGCACUGGCUGCGCGCCGGGCUUCACUCCCGGUGCGGCGCCUUCCGCACUCGCACAGUCUCUCUCUCACCAGCUUCUUUCCCUACUGCACAGCACCCGUCUCGUCCAAGCAGACGACUUGCGCAUCUGGUAUCAGCCGCCGAACCUCGAAGUGGAGGCAUUGGGUGAGCAGAUGGAUGUGGAUUCGGAAGGGAGUGGGAACCCUGCACGGGAGAUUAAAGCCUUCUGGGUGCUCUACAUUGAUGUAAUGAUCAUUUCCUUGGCUGGAAACCCAUUCGAUGCUGCUUGGGCCUCUGUAUUGGCUGCGCUGCGCGAUACAAAGCUCCCCAAGGCUUGGUGGGAUGCCGAUAAUGAGACGAUCCUUUGCUCGGAUGAUAUUGCGGAUGCACAGAAGUUGUCUCUACGUGGUUUGCCCAUUGCUAGCUCGUUCUGCUCAUUUGAGGCUGACGCCGCUGCUGGCUGGAGAGCGGUUGUCAUUCCCAAUGCCGAGGAGCAGAAGGCUCAGGAACAGAAGCAGAAGAAGCAGGGCAUGCAGCAAAGGUGGAUUUUGGCGGACCCGGAUGGAUACGAGGAGGGAUUGAGUCAGGAGCGGGCUUGUGUUGUUGUGGACAAGGAGAAUGAUGGGAAGGGGAACACUGUGAUUGUGAAGAUGGAGAAGCAUGGUGGUUGGGCUUUAGACGGCGAUGAUAUGCGGCAGCUCGUGGAUGUUUCUGCUCGGAGAUGGGACGAGAUGAAACGGAUAUUGGAUCAAUGCUGA